GAUCAGAGACUUCUUGUCUACGAGUACAUGCCCUUGGGAUCUGUGGAAGACCAUUUACUAGAUCUUCCGGAAGGCCAGAAGCCACUAGAUUGGUUCAAAAGAAUGAGAAUAGCUCUGGGAGCUGACAAGGGACUAGAAUACUUGCAUGACGAGGCAAAUCCGCCUGUUAUCUACCGCGAUUUAAAAUCUUCCAACAUUUUACUCGACGUUGAUUUCAAUGCAAAACUCUCCGAUUUCGGGUUAGCUAAGCUUGGACCUAUUAGAGACAAGACUCAUGUAUCUUCAAGAGUAAUGGGAACAUAUGGUUAUUGUGCCCCAGAGUACCAAACAACAGGACAGCUCACGGUCAAGUCCGAUGUCUACAGUUUCGGAGUUGUGUUGUUGGAAUUGAUCACUGGAAGAAGAGCAAUUGACACCACACUAUCAACCAGGGAGCAAAAUCUAGUUGCUUGGGCACAACCAGUAUUCAAGGAUCCUAAUAGGUAUCCAGAACUAGCUGAUCUACUUCUUCAAGGAAACUUUCCUGUGAGAGCACUAAAUCAAGCCAUGGCAGUUGCAGCAAUGUGCCUCCACGAGGAAGCACCUGUUCGUCCCUUGAUAAGCAAUGUGGUCAGUGCUCUUAGUGUCCUCGGGACAGUUCCGGACACAGCUACCUCGCCUGUAAGCAGCCUUCCCUCUCCAUCACCGGAUCAAACAAUGGUCAUAAACGAUGAUUCUCAGCUCGAAGACAGUGUAACCGAACGCCAACGCGCUGUGGCAGAAGCCAUGGAAUGGGGUUCGAGCUCAAGGCACAAUGGAGUGGCAGCAUCACGGUGUGGAAGUACUUCUUCCUUGUAA